ACGACUUAAGUGCCUCCAUUGCUUCAACAACAAUCUCCUGUGUGUGUGUCUGUGUGUGUGUGUGUGUAUAUAUAAGCUCCUAUACAUGCAAUUAGUUCCAACUGGUGACUUUGAGUUCUGUCUUUUUUCUCUCUCUCUAGAAAUGGCUGAUACAGAGCACUCUUCUUCAGAUGAAACUUCUGUUGAUUCUCGAGAGGAAAGUAGUAAAGAAUCUGAACUAGAAUUCUCUGAAGAUGAAGAAACACUGGUCAUUAGGAUGUAUAAUUUGGUUGGAGAGAGGUGGUCACUAAUUGCUGGGAGGAUCCCAGGAAGAACAGCAGACGAAAUCGAAAAGUACUGGAAUUCUAGAUAUUCAACAAGUGAAUGAGAUUUCACAAAAUCAAUUGUGUUCUCUCUACAAAAGCGAGUUAUCUGGAGGGUGAGGCAGAUCACAGAGCACGUUCGAGAACUGGAAAUUUCUGGAGUUUCAACCAUUUGAAGAGAGAAAAAAUAAGAUUUUGUGUUCGAUUAAUGUCACGUUGCUCUAUAUGUUACUGUGGUUGGUGUUUAUUGUGUGGGGUUAUCGUUAAGUGUUCUUCUUCCACCAUUAUUUAAUGUAAAUCUGUACAUAAAAUGCUCGACUUUUAUAUGUACAAGUUUUAUGUGCUUUCUAUUGUC